GUGUCACCGGCGAAUGUUCAGGUCUAACUCGCUGAGCAUGAUGGCCUCAAUUUACAAGAAACACGGGACCACGACAUCAUCUCUAAUGGCUGUCCCGCUGUGACGUGACACACUGCAGCAUCAAGACGCACUCGAGCUACAAUGCGAUGGAUCCCCGUGGACCGCAACCAGGACCACCCCCUUUGCCAGCACGUAGAGUGCUCCACAGACAAAAUGCAAACAACAACCUCUCCACGACUUUGACAGGGACCGACUUUGACGCUCAUAUUUACGAAGAGAUCGACAUUAUUGAGGAAAAUAAACAAUCGUUGGCGAACAGGUUGCCUCAUUCGAAAUCCCAGUCCGACCCACAGGCCGACGGCCGAGAACAUCCUAACGGUGCUCAGCGAGGAACGCGCAGGCCUCUCCGACCUCGUCGUACCGCCCCUCCGGUCCCGAGUGCAAGCGCGCCAAGCGGACAGGACCACAUUUCCCCACCUAUACCCCCCAGGAAGCACGUACCCCUUGGCCACAACAAAACCAGGUUCUCCUGUGACCUGACUGUCCCUGUCCACAAAUUGACCCGCUCCAACACACAACCAGACGACCUGGAUAAAUGGGUCAUCGAACUGACAGAUACGCCUGAAGGCAGCACCAGAGUGAUGGCUUCAUUCUGUCAAGCCACAUCCAAUCUGCUGUCGCACUACAAGCACACACAAAGUGCUCACAACUCGGGUGUGGUGUAUGCUCGAGUGUCACGCCUCCAUCCCGCGUUGCUGCAGCAGGUCGAGCUGACUGUCAGCGUGGCGACCCAAUAUGAAAGUCACCAGCUUCCGAUCCCAACCGCAGUGAAUAGGACGGUGCAAAGUUUAAUCAAUGAGAUCUUCCAGCUGCUGGAGCUCACUCGCAAAACCAGCGGCCAUUAUGUUCUCAAGUUGUGUAACUCUGAGGAGUAUCUCCACAACGAAGAGCGGCUGGGUUUGCACGAGGUCGUUCAAACACACUGCAAGUUCAACAUGGCCCUCCCCCUUCGACUGCUCCACACCAGCAAUCUGAGACACAGCCUGGCCAGGGAUGAGGAUGACGACAAACCCACGUGUCAUCUUUACGAGCUGGUGCGGCCCGUCUGCGUCUUCAACACGUGCAAGUUGAGUCUACAGAAUGUGCUGAUGAGCUACAGCAGGGAGGAGGCCAUGCUGAUGAGAAGCAAAUCGGGGAUGAACGUCAACGUCCUGGUGGCCCACGUUCGCACCAUUACUGAUCUCCUGUGCGGCCUCUCAAGCGGGGAGCUGGAAGACGCCAUUGGCCGGCUCAACAGAGUCAACCCCAUACCUCUGAGUCAUGAGGAGAUGUUAGAAGGCGAGAGUGCCAUGCAGGUGCUGCACGAGUCCCUGCUGAAAGUCAUGCAGAGCUUCUUUGAGAACUUCCUGUCCAACUUCAGAACUCAGGACGUUGCCAGCAAACCUCCGACCCGUGAUGUGGAGCAGAACAGUGAACUCUUACAGUUCAAUGUGGCCGCCCUCUAUAAACUUCUACCCAGCUGGGUGACCACGUACGACUGCUUCUCUAUUUCCUGUGAGCUGACGUAUGGAGAGACGCAGCUUUGCUCGGCCGUGGUUUCUGAAAACAUCAGCACAGCUUUAUCCUUUGAGAAGAAAAUACGUUGUAACCGCAUGAUGGCGUUUCCUGUCCCAGCAAAGCAGUUGCCCUACGAGUGCAUGCUGACCUUCCAGCUGAUGGGCUCAAAGCGAGGAAAGAAUCCCGAGCUGCUGGCUUGGGCUGUUCUACCCCUUUACAGGAAAAGAACCCUGGUAAGAGGGACCAUCCUGCUCACUUUGUCCAUGUUGGCCAUGCUGUCUUCACCCGCCUCCCCAGCCCUCUUUGACAGCCACAGACAAACAGUGGGGGUCAUCCUGCAGCUGGAGUUUCCCGAUGAAGUGAACUGGACGUAUCAGAGGCCUGUCGAGCUCCCCGGGUCCUUCAUAUUCUCUCCGCCUUGUGAAGAUCUGGAAAAGAAAAUGUUACAAGUGUCGAAGAAGGUGUGCCUUUGCUUUCUGUCAGAAAACGAGAAGAACUUCCUGUGGAGUAAACGUCACAGCGGUGACAAAGCAAGCACCUUCCUCCAUUUGGUGUUGGGUGGAGCCCCCAAGUGGCAGGCUGAGGACCUCACAGAGAUCUACACAGUUCUGGACCGCUGGGCUAUCCAUCUUCCCGAGGAGGCGCUCUUCCUGCUCACCGAUAAUUUUCCAGACCAGACUGUGCGCAAGGCCGCUGUGCAGUAUUUUAAACAAAUUCCUGAUGAUGAGUUGGAGCAGUUUCUACCACAGUUGGUCCAGGCUCUGAAGAGUGAGUGGGAACUGGAUGGACCUCUGGUCAUGUUGUUGUUGGAGAGAUCUCUAAAGAAAAUUCGGAUUGCUCAUCAACUCUUCUGGUUGCUGGAGGAUGCUUGCACAGAGUCGCACUACCAGAGCUGGUUCAGUAAGGUGCACGCGGCCUUGCGCUUCUGCUGCGGCCGAGCGCUGAGCGAGGAGCUGGAUAAAGAGAGUCGCUUGCUGUCGGCACUCGUCCAGGUGGCGGAGAAGGUCCGGACGUCGGAGAAGACGCGACGGAAGGCUGUUCUGAACAAAGAAAAGGGGAAGAUUGAGGAGUUCUUCAGUGAUGGGGGAAGUUGCUGUCUACCUCUAGAUGUUGCCGUCCGCGUCAAGGGAGUGGACCUGGAUGCCUGUAAGUUUUACAACUCCAAUACCUCUCCUCUGGGCGUGUCCUUCGUUUGCACUGACCCGCUGGGAACGAACAUCACUGUGAUCUGCAAGACAGGAGAUAGCCUGCGCCAGGACAUGCUAGUACUGCAGAUGGUCCGUAUGAUGGACAGGGUGUGGCUCCAAGAAGGGCUGGACUUGCGAAUGGUCACCUACAGAUGUCUUUCUACUGGGACGACUCAGGGCCUCAUAGAAGUGGUUCCUGAGGCGGUGACGCUGGGGAAGAUCCAGCAGGAGUGGGGUCUGGGUGGGACCCUUCGACAGGACACCCUGGAGAAGUGGUUUCAUAUGUGGAAUAAAACAAAGGAGGACUAUGAAAAGGCUGUGAUGAACUUCAUUCACUCAUGUGCAGGUUGGUGCGUGGCCACCUUCAUCCUGGGGAUCUGCGACCGCCACAACGAUAACAUCAUGUUGAAGCACAGCGGUCACAUGUUCCACAUCGACUUUGGCAAGAUCAUGGGCAAUGCGCAGAAGAUCGCAAACUUUAAAAGGGACCGAUCACCGUUCAUCUUCACAUCGGAGAUGCAGCACUUCAUCACAGGCGGUGGGCAGAAGCCUCAGCGCUUGCAUCGCUUUGUGGAACUUUGCUGUGAAGCUUACAACAUCAUCAGACACAGAUCUGCCCUCGUACUCAGCCUGCUGGAGCUAAUGACCAAUGCAGGAAUGCCCGAACUCAAGGACUGUAAUGACCUGCAGUACGUCCAGAGAAACCUCAGACCUCAUGACACUGACCUGGAAGCCACAUCCUACUUUACAAAGAAGAUCAAGGAGAGCAUAGGUUCUGUUGCAGUCAAGUUGAACUUCCUAACACAUAGCAUGGCCCAAGGGAAGAAGCAGACAACGCCGAUCCGUGAUGGCGUUCCUGCUCCCAGCACCAACAUUCAAGAUGCGGUCAUCCAGGACUUUGCCAUCAAGGACAAAGUUGCGAUCUAUGACCUGAGAGUGACCAUCGACGAUGGCUUUUGGUAUAGCGAAAUGACAUUUGAAGAUUUUGAGCUGAUCCACAAGCAACUGCAGAAACACUUCAUAGAAUCUGCUAUGCCUCAGUUUCCGUGUUGGUAUAUGAUGUCAUUCACCCCCAACAGGAAGAUGUCUCUGUUGAAUAAAUACCUCAAACAGCUUUUUGAGGGGCCUUGCAAGGGAAAUGAAUUUGUGUGCAGUUUGUUCUUGGAUGGGCCAAAAAUGGUUAAGCAAAGCGUGGUAAAAGAAGCCUGCCCUCAAAUCCAGCUGUACAUAACUUACAAGGAACGAAAGCUCUCAGUCUUGGUUAAACACCUCAAGAACAUUAAGAUGGCCAAUGGCUCCAACCCUGAUGCCUAUGUGGUCACAUGUCUGAGACCGGAUCCCCAGCAGAAGUCCAAGAGAAAGACUAAAGUGGUGCGGAAUAAUGACAACCCCACGUUCAAUGAACUGCUGGAGUACGCAAAUGUCCCCCUUCUGUAUGGGAUGGUGCUGGAGGUGAGCGUGAAGAGCAAAAAGACGUUUGUAGCUGCCACAAACAUUAAAUUGGAAGAGGAGCUGCUCAACAAGGAGACUUGGUUCACACUGGGAAACUCGGCCCUUUGACCCAAGUUGCUGCACUGCAGGCCUGUUGCCAACAGGGGGUGCAACCACAAUGUCUAUUGUCUCAACUACAGUGCAGUGUGAAUAAAACUGUGGAUGAAGUUACAACUGGGGGGGGGGGGGGACUCAUGAAAGAACUGUUAGGUAUUUUAACUGCAGUGAUUGAAAGCACUGAGUUUUUGUUUUUAAAUGCCAAUCAAAUGUCGGAAUAAUGACGAUAAUCUAAUAGGCUUUUUUCAGGCUUUCUUUCCUCUUUACCACCCACGUAACACUAGAUCAGAAUCGGAAUCAUCUUUAUUUUGCCAAGUAUGUCCAAAAAACACCCAAGCACAUGCAUUGAGAUGCAUUUGUAUGAACAUAUUUGCAUGCACCACGGUCCAUAUGGGCAUGCUUGCUUGGGUUUGGUGUGGAAGCCCUGACCACAACCCCAUCAAAUAAUCUCCAUAUUCUAUUUUCACCUCCUGGAAGGCAGGGGUGCCAAACUUGCUUUGCUCACAGUUUUCAUAGUUAUGAAAAAAUGUGUGUGUUAUGUUCUAGUUAUGAAGAAAAAAAACCAAGUGAUUGCCCCACAGUCCUGCUGAGAAAAUUGCCCAUAGAUACCACAAGAUGGCGGAAAAUAAAAUUCUUGUUUGACAAGGCUAUAGCCUGAAUAAAUCAAAAAGCUCCUCCCCUCACUUCAACAUAGUUUCAUAGUAUCAAAAAAGCUCCUCCCCACACUUCAACAUAGUUCCAUAGUAUCUUGGUUUUAAGUUGAGUUGGGCCACUAUGACAUUCUUGGACUUUUUUAAACAUUGUAAAGCCAAACCGUCAGGCAGCCAUGUAUUAUUGUAUUAUAGUAAUUUGAGAAUCUGUUCCAUCACAGGUUUCUGUGAAAGGUGAUUAGGUAAAAAGUUUUGGAUUUUUCAGGGUUGCGGGUGGCCCACAGUCCUGUAUCUCACCAGACUAGAUCUGCCCCUGCCCUCAGCAGAUUUCCAUAUUCAGAACCAAAACAAGAGCAAUCUGUAAUAAACUGGCAAUCUUUAAAGCAGUGUUGACUUGACGAUCAUAAUUAAUGUGAUAUUUUCACAAAUCAGACCUUGAGAGUGGAGGAAAAAAUGUUUGCUUCCAAAAUUGAAUUCUUUAUUCACAAGCCAUCUGCCUGAGCCCCCCCACUCCUUUUGCACGCCACUCGUAGUUUUGCUGUUAUAGUUGUAAAGUUUCUUUGCAUAGUUUAUAUAUAAAUAUAUAUAUAUAUAUAUAUAUAUAUAUAUACCCCCCCCCCCCCC